UUCGUAUGUAUUUUGGUUCAAGAGAGAGAAGUUUUCUUAACUUGGUUUUUGUGUUCUUUCUCACUUAAUUCAUAUUGCUAUACCACAAUUGGAAAAUUCAGCAAUUGAAAUGGCAAACCACACUAUUAUAUUGAAAAAGACUACAAUUCUACCAUUUUUAACUUGCAAGAUUUGUGAUGAAUUGCUGGAGGAUGCUACUGCUAUUGUUGAAUGUCUUCAUUUAUUUUGCAAGAAGUGCAUCCAUCACAAAAUUAUUGAAGAGGAAUUAGAACAUUGUCCAGUGUGCGAUCUAGAUUUGGGACCUAAACCUCUCAAGAAAUUGAGGCAUGACGAAAGUAUGCAAUCAAUAAGGAACACAAUAUUUCCUCCAAGAAAAAGAAAUAUUGUUAAUAAAGUAGAUGAUGAUGUUGCCAAUGCUGAGAAGAAUGAGUUAUUAGGUGACCUUGGCAGAAUUUUGUUUGAAGAUCCUGAGAAUGAAAAAGAUAUGGCGUUAAAAGAUUUACCAUAUACUUCAAAAGAACAUGUAGAGAAUAUCAAAGAGGGUUUGCUACCUUCUGAAAAGAGUCAUUGCAUGCAAAACGAAAAUGUUAAGGGUAAAAGUAUUUGUCCUGAUAAUGUGGAAGGAUAA